CAAUCUCUCUGUCUAAGUUGCCCGAACUGCCCUUUUCCCCUGUUUCAAACUGCCCAAACUGCCCAUUGUUGAACACUUUCCCUCUUUCUCAAGCACCUCUCUUUCUCUCUCUCUCUCUCUCUCUCUCUCUCAAACCUCCUUUUGACUAAAAACUUCACAACACAACUGGGUAUCACUGGUUCUCACUUGUGAUCCAUUUCUCUGUUUCUGAUAGGUUUCGAAUGACUUAAAAGUCUUAUUCUUUGAAAUGGGUUCUCUUUAUUUUAAUUAGUUUUUAAGCUUACAAGUUUUGUUCUUUUUCUUUUGGUUUUGUUUGGGAAGAUGGGUCUGGGUCCUGAUUCUUUAAAGGUAAAGAAUUUGGAAGAUAAAUCAAAGAAGAAGAAGAAUAAGAAAGAUGAGGAGGAGAAGGAGAUUGGUUGUUGGCCUAAAUUACGGUUGAUAGGAGGAUGCAUGCCUUCAAGAUCAAAAGUUGAUAACUCUCUUAGUGGCACUACUGCUCAGUAUGUGGAAAGUAAAUCUACUGAGGAGAAGAGCAAAGACCAACCAGUUGUUCCAGUAAUAUCCUCUACAACCACUAGUAAUGGAGAAAGUGCCUCAUCUACUCCAAAAUUCAGCGAAGAACUGAAGCUUGCUUCGCAGCUACGGAUAUUCACAUUCAAUGACCUUAAAUUGGCAACUAGGAAUUUCAGGCCUGAGAGUCUUCUUGGGGAGGGUGGUUUUGGUUGUGUCUUCAAAGGUUGGAUAGAGGAGAAUGGAACUGCUCCAGUGAAACCUGGCACAGGGCUUACUGUUGCUGUGAAAACACUCAACCACGAUGGACUUCAGGGUCAUAAGGAGUGGCUUGCUGAAGUUAGUUUUCUGGGAAAUCUUCUGCAUCCCAAUUUGGUUAAAUUGAUUGGUUAUUGUAUUGAAGAUGAUCAGAGGUUGCUCGUAUAUGAGUUUAUGCCAAGAGGAAGCUUGGAGAAUCACCUUUUCAGAAAAGGGUCCUUGCCUCUUCCAUGGUCUAUUAGAAUGAAGAUUGCACUUGGUGCCGCAAAGGGUCUUGCCUUUCUUCAUGAAGAGGCUGAAAGAUCAGUGAUAUAUCGUGAUUUUAAAACAUCAAAUAUCUUAUUAGAUGCGGAUUACAAUGCCAAACUCUCUGAUUUUGGACUGGCCAAAGAUGGUCCUGAGAGUGGUAAAACUCACGUAUCUACUCGAGUAAUGGGAACAUAUGGCUAUGCUGCUCCAGAGUAUGUGAUGACUGGACAUUUGACCUCAAAGAGUGAUGUCUAUAGUUUUGGAGUAGUUUUGCUUGAAAUGUUGACUGGCCGAAGAUCCAUGGACAAGAACCGGCCAAAUGGGGAGCACAACCUUGUAGAAUGGGCAAGACCGCAUUUUGGAGAUAGGAGAAGAUUCUACCGGUUAUUAGACCCUCGUCUCGAAGGCCACUUUUCAAUCAAAGGUGCUCAGAAAGCUAUACAGUUGGCUUCCCAGUGUCUUAGCCGGGACCCCAAAGCCAGACCCCGAAUGAGUGAAGUUGUUGAAACGCUAAAGCCUUUGCCUAACUUGAAGGAUAUGGCGAGCUCUUCCUAUUAUUUCCAAACCAUGCAAGCCGAUCGUAACAAGUCAAAUAUGCAUACUAAAAAUGGCAUCAGAACACAGGCAGGAUUUGUAACAAGGAAUGGGCAGCCAUUAAGGAGCUUAUCCAGUCUAAGUGAUACUCGGGCUUCUCCAUACAACCAGCCUUACCAGUCACCAAAACCUAAUGGGAAAAAAUCAUAGCAUUGAAAUUGUGUGCAUGUGUAUAUCUUCAAUUGGCUUAUCUUUCUUUGUAGCUUGUUCAGUUACAUAUUUUAACGGAAAAUAGCACUGAGGGUGGUUCCAUCAUUUUCUCUGGGGAGGAUGAUUUUUUGUUAUUCAUCUGGUAUGCUCCUUCAGUCAAAUGACGGAACAAGGCUCUGCAACUUACAUGGUUUAAUUGUCAUCAGUAAUCAUCGAAAAUCAGAAGGCCCAUAUGCUUUUUAUUCA